GCCGCGCGCCCACUCGCCCACACAGUCUGUCGCGGCAGGCUACCUCUCCGCCGCUCCCUCGGUCCGCUCGGCCUGGCCCGCAGGUAGGAGCAGCCGGGCGAUCGGCUCCCGGCCCCACCCACGCCCGCGCGCACCCGGCUCCCGCGCCCGCUUCGAGGGUUUACUCAGCGUCACCACCAUGAGCGAGGCAUUUGACUGUGCCAAAUGCAGUGAGUCCUUGUAUGGCCGCAAAUACAUCCAGACAGACAGUGGCCCCUACUGCGUCCCCUGCUAUGAUAACACCUUCGCCAACACCUGUGCCGAGUGCCAGCAGCUCAUCGGGCAUGAUUCAAGGGAACUGUUCUACGAGGAUCGCCACUUCCACGAGGGCUGUUUCCGGUGCUGCCGCUGCCAACGCUCCCUGGCUGAUGAGCCCUUCACCUGCCAGGACAGCGAGCUGCUCUGUAACGAGUGCUACUGCACAGCCUUCUCUUCACAGUGCUCAGCCUGUGGGGAGACUGUCAUGCCUGGGUCCCGGAAGCUGGAGUAUGGAGGCCAGACAUGGCAUGAACAUUGCUUUCUGUGCAGUGGGUGUGAGCAGCCUCUAGGUUCCCGCUCCUUCGUGCCUGACAAGGGCGCUCACUACUGCGUGCCUUGCUAUGAGAACAAGUUUGCUCCUCGGUGUGCCCGCUGCAGCAAGACGCUGACUCAGGGUGGAGUGACAUAUCGAGAUCAACCCUGGCAUCGAGAAUGCCUGGUCUGCACUGGGUGCCAGACGCCCCUUGCGGGGCAGCAGUUCACGUCUCGGGAUGAUGAUCCCUACUGUGUGGCCUGUUUCGGAGAACUCUUUGCACCCAAGUGCAGCAGCUGCAAGCGCCCCAUCACAGGCGGGAGCAGCGGUGGCGAGGCCGCAGGACUCGGUGGAGGCAAGUAUGUGUCCUUCGAAGACCGACAUUGGCACCACAGCUGCUUCUCCUGUGCCCGCUGCUCCACCUCCCUGGUGGGCCAAGGCUUCGUACCAGACGGAGACCAAGUUCUGUGCCAGGGCUGCAGCCAAGCAGGGCCCUGAGCCAAGGCUCCUGACUCUCCCCUUUCCCAAACUAAGGGUUCGAGACUAUGGCUCCUUUUCUGAACCACUUCUGGGACCCAGCCCCUCCUUAGAAUGGGCCUCCACCUGCCCCUGCACAGUGUGGAACACCCAUGACUUAAACUCUCUCCCCAAGUCUGGACUGCAGAAAUGGGUCCUUCCCCUCUAUACUUUUUUUGGGUUCCCAGAUCUAGCUCCUUCCCCAGAUCAAAGCCCUAGACACCCCAAGCCCCCAAACCUGGACCUAGGCCUCCCUAAAUCUAGACUUCUUGGAAGGUAGAUUUGUAGGUUUCCUAUGGGUGCCUGAGAAGUCCUCAAAGAUAGAUUGUACCCCAGUUUGACCUCAUCCCCAUCCCACCCCUAUCUCUGGGCUGAAACUAUCUGGAUAGCAGAUUAGGGGCUCCCUGGUUAGAGGGUCAUAAGGUACAGGGUGCUGUCCAGCCUAUGAGUACCGUUUCAUUUUAGCUCCGUGUUGCCCAGAGGUAGGAAGGAGAGGUGACUCACCCUACCUCCCAGGUUCUGCAAUAAAACUGUGGGGGAGCACAGGCCCCGUGUAUUUGUCAGGAGGGUGAGAGAAGGUUCCUUGGCUGAGUCAGGCUUUUGUGAACCUCCUAGUGGGCGGGCCGUGGGUUGGGGAUUCUCACCCCAGGAAGAGGAUCCCCUUUGGCAGCCACACUAGUCCCUCUCUAGGUUGGCCGCCCUCCCCACUGCUGGUGGAGGGCUUUUUCCCCCUGGGAGGGAGAGAGGGAGGGGUUGGGAGAAGCGCCAAACAGAGCCAGAUGGCAGUGGGUUUCUUGGUCUGGUACACGUCUUCCCCCACCCCAACAACCCUGCCCCAACUCGACAUACAAGCACGUAGUUCUGAUCCCCAGUUGGGCCCAGACCCUCAGCCCCCUUCCCCCUCUACCCAAGGAUUAGUCGGGGCGGCUCAGGAUCUGCUCAGGGCCGGCCGCACGUUUUUUUUGCCAAAAAAGGCAAGGAUGCAGCUGCACGCGCCGGGGAACAUCUGGAUCCGAUUCCCAGCAUGAAUGGGUCAUGGCCCCGCCUCUUGUGAUUCACUGGAGGGGGCGGGAGUGAGCCUGAGGGGCUGUCCCCCGAAGUGGGGCGAUGGGGUGGAGCACUCUCCUGCUGGAUGCCCAAGUCUGGGGUUGGCCCCUGGCCGCUGUCUCCGCGGUCGGACUGUGGCGGCAGGUACGCGCCCCGGUGGCUACCGCGGCCUCUGGAGGCGGAGGGCGGGGCGGAGGGGGCUGCCAAGAGGAAACAGUGAGAGUGCAGUAUCUCAAGAAAUACUCCCUAGCCCUGGGCUGCCCUUACUGCGGUUUCUCAGAGGUGCAGACUCCCGGGGCAUCUGCCUGAAGUCGCGAAGAUAGUCACUUGAAGAUCAAGAUUAAUGCUUUAUACUGGCAGCAGUUGGGCUUUACUGGGUGAGGAGGUUCUCAGUGUAUAGCCCAGGCUGAUUCUGCCUCAGCCAUCAGAGACCUAGGAUGGCAAGUGUGGGCCAAUCUGCAGUAG